CCCUGGGGUUGGGGCCUGCCUGGGGUGACCAUGGCCUUGCUGGGCAAGCGCUGUGACGUCCCCGCCAACGGCUGCGGGCCCGACCGCUGGAACUCUGCCUUCGCCCGCAAAGACGAGAUCAUCACCAGCCUCGUGUCUGCCUUAGACUCCAUGUGCUCAGCGCUGUCCAAACUGAACGCCGAGGUGGCCUGUGUGGCUGUGCACGAUGAGAGCGCCUUCGUGGUGGGCACGGAGAAGGGGAGAAUGUUCCUGAAUGCCCGGAAGGAGCUGCAGUCAGACUUCCUCAGGUUCUGCCGAGGGCCCCCGUGGAAGGAUCCAGAGGCAGAGCACCCCAAGAAGAUGCAGCGGGGCGAGGGCGGCGGCCGGAGCCUUCCACGGUCCUCGCUGGAGCACGGCUCAGAUGUGUACCUUCUGCGGAAGAUGGUAGAGGAGGUGUUUGAUGUUCUUUAUAGUGAGGCCCUGGGAAGGGCCAGUGUGGUGCCGCUGCCCUAUGAGCGGCUGCUCAGGGAGCCGGGGCUGCUGGCCGUGCAGGGGCUGCCCGAGGGCCUGGCCUUCCGGAGGCCGGCCGAGUACGACCCCAAGGCCCUCAUGGCCAUCCUGGAACACAGCCACCGCAUCCGCUUCAAGCUCAAGAGGCCACUUGAGGAUGGCGGGCGGGACUCAAAGGCCCUGGUGGAGCUGAACGGUGUCUCCCUGAUACCCAAGGGGUCACGGGACUGUGGCCUGCAUGGCCAGGCCCCCAAGGUGCCACCCCAGGACCUUCCCCCCACUGCCACCUCCUCCUCCGUGGCCAGCUUCCUGUACAGCACGGCGCUCCCCAACCACGCCAUCCGAGAGCUGAAGCAGGAGCCACCUUCCUACCCGCUUGCCCCCAGCGACCUGGGCCUGGGCCGGCCCGUGCCAGAGCCCAAGGCUGCCAGUGCCCAAGAUUUCUCCGACUGUUGUGGACAGAAGCCCCCGGGGCCUGGUGGGCCUCUCAUCCAGAACGUCCAUGCCUCCAAGCGCAUUCUCUUUUCCAUCGUCCAUGACAAGUCAGAGAAGUGGGACGCCUUCAUAAAGGAAACCGAAGACAUCAACACGCUCCGGGAGUGUGUGCAGAUCCUGUUUAACAGCAGAUAUGCGGAAGCCCUAGGCCUGGACCACAUGGUCCCCGUGCCCUACCGGAAGAUCGCCUGCGACCCGGAGGCUGUGGAGAUCGUGGGCAUCCCCGACAAGAUCCCCUUCAAGCGCCCCUGCACUUACGGAGUCCCCAAGCUGAAGCGGAUUCUGGAGGAGAGGCACAGCAUCCACUUCAUCAUUAAGAGGAUGUUUGAUGAGCGAAUUUUCACAGGGAACAAGUUUACCAAAGACACCACGAAGCUGGAGCCAGCCAGCCCACCGGAGGACACCUCUGCAGAGGUCUCUAGGGCCAGCAUCCAUGACAUGGCCGGGAGUGCUCGGUCAGACAAGGGCAGCAUGUCUGAAGACUGCGGGCCAGGAACCUCUGGGGAGCUGGGCGGGCUAAGGCCGAUCAAAAUUGAGCCAGAGGAUCUGGACAUCAUUCAGGUCACCAUCCCAGGUAAGGGACGGGCGUCUGACCAGCCCCUGCAGGAAUCAGGGCCAUACCAUUGGCCUCCCGAGGCACAUGGCCUAGGAGAUGAUAUACGUGGCAUCCUCUGUUCUCUUUCAGACAAAGGCCUCAGCGAGGACCCGCGGCCCGAGGAAAGGCCCGUGGAGGACAGCCACGGUGACGUGAUCCGUCCCCUGCGGAAGCAGGUGGAGCUGCUCUUCAACACGCGAUACGCCAAGGCCAUUGGCAUCUCGGAGCCCGUCAAGGUGCCCUACUCCAAGUUUCUGAUGCACCCAGAGGAGCUGUUUGUGGUGGGGCUGCCUGAAGGCAUCUCCCUCCGCAGGCCCAACUGCUUCGGGAUCGCCAAGCUCCGGAAGAUUCUGGAGGCCAGCAACAGCAUCCAGUUUGUCAUCAAGAGGCCCGAGCUGCUCACUGAUGGAGUCAAAGAGCCCAUCGUGGAUAGCCAAGAGAGGGACUCCGGGGACCCUCUCGUGGAUGACAGCCUGAAGAGACAGGGCUUUCAAGGUAAGGUUGAGCUCGGGGGAGAGCUGCUGUCCCAGAGCCGUGACCUUGACCUGGUUUGGCUUUGGAGGGCCAGGUUGGAAGCGGGGAGGAGCUGGCCCCCGACUUCAGGGCCUGAGGGACAAGGCCAGCCAGGUUGGCAGCCCAGGGUUGGCAGUACCCUGCUAGAUCUCUCGCCCACAGGGGAAGCUUUGGGCAUCAAGUACCCAGUCCAGGUGCCCUACAAGCGGAUCAAGAGUAACCCCGGCUCCGUGAUCAUUGAGGGGCUGCCCCCAGGAAUCCCGUUCCGAAAGCCCUGCACCUUUGGCUCCCAGAACCUGGAGAGGAUUCUUGCCGUGGCUGACAAGAUCAAGUUCACAGUCACCAGGCCUUUCCAAGGACUCAUCCCAAAGCCUGAUGAAGAUGAUGCCAACAGACUCGGGGAGAAGGUGAUCUUGCGGGAGCAGGUGAAAGAACUCUUCAAUGAGAAAUACGGUCAGUGCCUGUGGGCGGGGUCAGUGCACCAAGCCUUCUGUGGCGGGGUUCGGGGAGGGGGUCCCUCUGCAGCCAGCCUCGCCUUCAAGCUGGCCUGCCUGCUCCCUUGGGGACAUGGCUGCUCUGCUCAAGACCCAUGGACUGCAGACCCAGAGGAAAGAUUUUCCGGGCCAGACCCAUUGUCCAAGGCCUACGUGGCGGAUGCUGUCGGGAGGGUGUGCUCCCCAUUUUUAUUUGGGUCUUCCCAGGCUCCCCAGCAGCAGCAGCAGCAGCAUCGUAUCUCAGGGAACAGACCCUUUGCAGAAGUCUGCAAUGAUGCCAAGGUGCCAGCCAAAGACAGCAGCAUUCCCAAGCGCAAGAGAAAGCGGGUCUCGGAAGGAAAUUCUGUCUCCUCUUCCUCCUCGUCUUCCUCUUCCUCGUCCUCUAACCCGGAUUCGGUGGCAUCGGCCAACCAGAUCUCGCUCGUGCAAUGGCCAAUGUACAUGGUGGACUAUGCCGGCCUGAACGUGCAAAUCCCAGGACCUCUUAAUUACUAGACCUCAGUACUGAAUCAGGACCUCACUCAGAAAGACUAAAGGAAAUGUAAUUUAUGUACAAAGUGUAUAUUCGGAUAUGUAUCGAUGCCUUUUAGUUUUUCCAAUGAUUUUUACACUAUAUUCCUGCCACCAAGGCCUUUUUAAAUAAGUAAAAAAA